CGCGGACGAGAACGGGCGGGUUGGAGCCGUGAUUCCUCGGGCAAGAUGGCGGCGAGCAGCCUCCGGCAGGCGGCCGGCACGGCAGGCAGCGCCGUGAAGCCCAUUUUCAGUCGAGAUAUGAAGGAGGCUAAGCGGAGGGUCCGCGAGCUCUACCGCGCCUGGUAUCGAGAGGUGCCCCACACUGUGCAUUUAUUCCAGCUGGAUAUCACUGUGAAACAGGGACGGGAUAAGAUUCGAGAAAUGUUUAUGAAGAAUGCUCAUGUCACAGACCCCAGGGUGGUUGAUCUUCUGGUUAUCAAGGGAAAGAUGGAGCUGGAGGAAACAAUCCAUGUGUGGAAGCAGCGGACACAUAUUAUGCGGCUCUUCCAUGAAACAGAAACACCAAGGCCAAAGGACUUCCUGUCCAAGUUCUAUAUUGGCCAUGACCCCUGAAGACACUCAGUGGAAAGGUGCAUGUUGAUAUUUAUUUUAAAAUACAAAUAAACUCAUGACUUUAUGGCUGCUUUGUGAUAAAAUUGUAUUGGUGAACCA